UGCUGUGUCGUGCCGUGCCGUGCCGUGCCGUGCUGCCGGAGGUCGUGUUCGGGAGUUUGAGUGCGGGGCCGGUGCCUCGUCCCUAAGAAGAUGUGUUUCCUGGAGGGGCGCUCGGGUAACCGUGGCAGCGCCUGGAGGGGUGACCUGGGGUCUUGGGCACCGCGGGCGGGGGCUGCCGGCGCGUUCCAGAGAAAUGCAGCCUGUCCAUAGAAUUUUGCAACGUAUCCCGGACCGACCGGUGUUUUGUGCGGUGAACAUGACCUGAUUAUGUAUAGGGGGGGAGGGAAGAGUCAACAAAACACGUAGUAAUACAUAAUGCUCUGUAUGCUUCAUUUGUUGAAAUGUCACCCUUACUUUGGACGUGCGUGGGACACCCGGUCUCAUGCACCGAGCCGGUCCUGUGCUCCUGCCCAGCCUAAGGAGAGAUUGCACAACACUCUUUGGUCAGUCUGGGUCAAAACCCGGGUGGUUUGGCAGCUUUCGGUGGUUGUGCUCCGAUGGUCAUGCGAACUUCGCACUGAACCUGUUUGUUCUAGUGCUGGCGCAAAGUCAAUUCGGGAGUUGCCCUGAUACAGCUUCUGGUUUAACUUUCGGUCUCUCGGGUGGAUUCGGUCUCUUGGUGUCCUAAUUCAGGAGAAAAAGCUGUGCAGAAAGGCAAAGUUCUGUAACUGUCUAGCAGAAAUAAGGCAUGGCACACAGAACAAUCCUAGCUGGUACCUGAUUUAUUGAGUUACUUGCAAUUGCAUGGCUGGCUAUAACAAACAGAAAAUAAGCUAAAGCUACUAGUGACAGACUCUGUGUCGCCAGAAUUUAAUGCAUUCACUGCCACUUACUUAUUUACAGGAAACCAAAUGGAUAAGUGCGUUGCUUUAUUGAAUGCUUACUUGACUCAAAAAACUAGAGAGGUUAUUGAAUUUCUUGUGUUUGGUUGUUUUCCUAUGCCAUAAACAUUUUUAUAAAUUCUGUUCAGAAUUACUUUUCUCUACUUUACAUCAGGUAGCUGUACCAAAUAUUCGGGAAUAGUUUUGAGGAAGCUUGAUUACAGCAUCCGUCUGAAAGCCCUACUUCCCUUAGGGGCAAAAAGCCACAGUAGCUGGGAUAAUGGGCUGAGGGAUACUAAUUUCUGGUAUAGUAAAUAUUAAAAGUGUGCCAGGGCACUGGCCUCAUAUCCUGCAGGGCUUGAGAAGUGAGCUAGUGUAAAAAACAAAGGCACUGCAGACUUAGCAACUAUACAGUGAUAAUACACUCAUUGCUCCUUUCUGUUCUGAGUUUCUCCUGGGAUUCAUCUGUAGUGAGAAGCAAUUAGCAUUACAGCCAUAGGGGACAGUGAAAUGCGCUUUCAAAUGAGAGACUAUUCAAACAUUCAAAACAGUUGUGAAUACUGCUUGACUGUCUUUUGUGCUGGAGCUGCAAGUAUUCAUAGGUUCUGUUUAGUUUUAGGAGGUUUUGGGGAGGAGAUGUGUGCAAAGGGGAGAAGAGAGCAGUAGACUAUAUUUCAGUCCCCUUUAAAAUGGUCAUUCCAGCUAUGGAAGGAGGAACUCUGUAACUCAGGCAGUUCAAGAGUCAGUUGGGAGGUUGUGCCCAAGGCCAUCCAUUCGAAGUCUUUUGGUUGGGUUUCAAACAGUGGGGUCAGUACAGCUUUUGUACUAGUGGUGUGUGGCAAACAAUUUACUUGUUUGAAUCUUGGUUUUUGAGAUACAGUUGUUAGUUUUGGAGGUGUGCACAGAGUGGAGUUUCUUUUUCUAAGACUAGAACAGGGCAUGAUGCUCCAGGCACUCUGAAAGCAGAAUUUUCACAGUUGUUCUGUUGUGUGCUAGUGUUUCUUUGGAUUUUUCUUGACUAGUUCACAGUUAAUGAAGUUUGAUGCCAUCCUACCAUCUUGUACCCAUGAUAAUAUAUGUCCAGAUGCUACUCUUGAACUAAAAUGAUCAGGUAGGAUGACCUAUUUCUACAACAGAACUGGAAAUCAGCAUAUUUUUUUAAAAUUCUGCUCUAGAUGUAUCAUGUCCAGUAAGGGUCUUGAUACAUCGUUUCACUUCAUCUUUCUUCAUCUGCUCUUGUAGAUGCUGUAAUCCAAACAUAACCACCUGAAAAUUUCUGUGGCCCAAAUGAAGCUUUCUGUGCUGGGAUGAAGUGGAGAGUCCAGCUUGCCCAGAAAGACCUCAUAUGGCCCUAAUUCUCGGCCAGUCAUGUCUGAAACACUCUGUGUGCUGUUGCUCUGUUUUGUGGGUAGCCAGUGGCAGUCCCUGGGCAGUGCUCUCCGUGCCAGUACCCACAAGUGUAGCCUGCUGUUUGGGGUCAGCUGUUGGGCAGCAGCUGCUGAGCCCUCACAAAAACAUUUGUCUUGGACUUCUCAGCUCAGACCUCAUUCUGGCACUUGGCCUACUUAGACCCAUUUCAGCCUCUGCGGUUGUCUGAUUUCCAGGUUGAACCAAGGACAUGAUGUCACCACUUCCCUACAGACUCAGAUGCUAAAGGAAUUACAAAGCUCAGGAAGAGAACGCUUUGUACUAGAACAUGCUGCUCCAUUCUCUGCUUUUUUGAUGGACAGCUUUGGGCGGCAGCACAAUUACUUGCGAAUUUCGUUGACUGAGAAAUGCAACCUCAGGUGUCAGUACUGUAUGCCUGAGGAAGGUGUUCAACUGACUCCGAAAUCAGAGCUACUAACUGCCCAGGAGAUAAUCACCUUAGCCAGACUGUUUGUGAAAGAAGGUGUGGACAAGAUCCGACUGACAGGUGGAGAGCCACUUAUCCGUCCCGAUGUGGUGGAUAUUGUGGGUGAACUCUACAAGCUAGAAGGGCUGAAAACCAUUGCUGUCACAACCAAUGGGAUCAACUUAACCAGACUGCUGCCCCGGCUGAAGGAAGCAGGACUGAAUGCCAUUAACAUUAGCCUGGAUACUUUGGUGCCAGCUAAAUUUGAGUUCAUUGUUCGAAGGAAAGGCUUUCACAAGGUAAUGGAAGGAAUCCACAAAGCCACUGAACUUGGCUACCAUCCUGUUAAGGUAAACUGUGUGGUGAUGCGAGGCUUCAAUGAGGAUGAAGUGCUGGACUUCGUGGAUUUCACAAAGGAUCUGCCCCUUGACGUGCGGUUCAUAGAAUACAUGCCCUUUGAUGGCAAUAAAUGGAACUUCAAGAAGAUGGUGAGCUACAAAGAAAUGCUUGAUACAAUUAAACAGCGAUGGCCAGAAUUGGAGAAAUUACCCUGUGAGACUUCCAGCACAGCCAAGAGUUACAAGGUGCCACAUUUCCAGGGACAAAUCAGCUUUAUCACAUCCAUGUCAGAGCACUUCUGUGGAUCCUGCAAUCGGCUGAGGAUAACAGCAGAUGGGAACCUAAAGGUGUGCCUUUUUGGGAAUUCAGAAGUGUCCUUGAGGGAUCACCUACGGUCGGGUGCUUCAGAGGAGGAGUUGAUUAAAAUUAUUGGAGCAGCAGUGGGCAGAAAAAAGAAACAGCAUGCUGGCAUGUUUAACAUUUCCCGGAUGAAAAACCGGCCAAUGGUCCUGAUUGAGCCUGCAUUGAUGUCAUUCCCACUGUGCCAACAUGCCCUACAGAAUGCCCCAAAUUCAAAACAGUGGGGCCACACAUUUAGCCAUUGGCUGACUUUGAGAGCAAGUUUACCCAAACAAAAUAGAAAAGCAUCAAUGAAAAAUAAAUUUACAGGACAAAUUUUCCUACCAGGAUCUCACCCAGAGAAACAGUGGCACAUAGCAACCAGAAUUCUACAAACCCAGCUCCGAGGCUACUGUGUCUUCCAGAAGGACCCAAGCUCCACCUUUGAUACAAAGUGCCUUGAUGCUUCUAUUGGCCAAGUUCCUGUGGACUGUCAAUCCAAAGAGGCAUUUUCAGGAUCUGAAUUCCAUACCAGGGAUUCAGGAUCUUGUACCAGGGUACCUCAUGCCUCUGACAAGUUGACUCACACGGAUGAGGAAGGACGGGCCACAAUGGUUGAUGUUGGAGGGAAGCCAGAUUCCAAAAGAAGUGCUGUUGCUGCUGCCGUGGUCCUCCUGGGUGAGAAGGCCUUCGGGAUGGUGAAGCAAAACCAGGUGAAGAAAGGGGAUGUGUUGGCAGUAGCCCAAAUUGCAGGAAUUCAGGGAGCCAAGCUGACCAGCCAGUUGAUCCCAUUGUGUCACAACAUCCCUCUGCACCACGUUGAGGUGUCUCUGAGUCUGGAUGAGGCCAGGCAUGCAGUGGUGAUUCACAGCUCCUGUCACACCUGGGGGAGGACAGGUGUGGAGAUGGAGGCUCUCACAGCUGCCAGCCUGGCUGCACUGACCGUGUACGACAUGUGCAAAGCAGUCACUCAUGACAUCGUCAUCCAAGAGCUGAAGUUGAUUAGUAAGACAGGCGGGCAGAGGGGAGACUUCUCAAGGGUCUAGUUAAUAUUCAGAUACCCCCAACCCUCCAAGUGACCACUGUUUCUGUUAAGCCUCUUACAGAAGUCCUUCUACUCAGCUGGUGGGCUUGGAGACGUCAGCAGAUGUGUACAUUACAGCAACCCCAUGCCUCCAGCAUUGCCUUACUCUGCCAGCUCAAUUGAACCACUUAUCCCUGUUGAAAACCACAUGUAUUUUCUAGAGGACAGACUUCUCCACUCUGCCAGUACCUCCAUUUCAGUGUCCUCAUGAUGAGAUUGAGAAAAGAUUCCUGCCUGCUUAUACCACAGAGCUUUUUGGUUUGUUUUUUUUUUUUUUCCCUUUGUGCUGUGAAAUACACCUGCUGUCAUCACACCAUGCAACUGUGAGCUCUGGAAAUUAGGCCACUGCUGCAAAUGCUGUUAUGUGGCAAGUAUUUUUAAGUCAAGGAUUACAAUUUCAGAAUUGUGUUUGUCUGUCUUUCCCCUGAUCUUCUUCAUUGAAUUUAGAGGGUGACAGUGAGAAGAACACAGCUGGGGAACUUCACCAUAGAAAUUAUAAACAUGGAGCAGUCAGAGUCAAGGGGCAGCUCCCAUCCUUUUGCAGUGCUACUGCUUCCCUUCACAGAAUCAAAGAAUCCCAGAAUGGAUGGUUAAGGUUGGAAAGGACAACAGUGGGUCACCUGGUUCAACCUCCCUGCUUAGGCACCCAGAGCACAUGGCACAGUGUUGUGUCCAGACUGGAAUAUCUCCCUUGAGGGAGCCUCCAUAACUUUUCUCAGCAGUCUGUUUCAGUGCUGCGUCACCUGCAGAGUAAAAAAGUUCAGGCAGAACUUCAUGUGCAUCAGUUUCUGUCCAUUGCCUCUUGUCCUAUUGCUCAGCACCACCAACAAGAGCCUGGCUCCAUAAUCUUGGCAUCUCCCCCUUAGACACUGAUAUACAUUGAGACGUCAGUCAUCUCCUCUGGAUGCUGAACAGGCCCAGCUCCUUCAGCCUUUCCUCAUAACAGACACAUGCAAGUGGGAAAUACCCACAUAAUCAGUUUCAAAAGAAAAAAAAAAAGGCAGCUGUUCAGUUUUCUGCCUUGUGGUCUGUAAAACUUGAUGUAGAAAGGUGAUUUCUGGGUUUGGAAGAAUUAUUUUUCUGAUCUGAAAGAUAUAUUUUCCAAUGUUAGAAGCAUGUUCCAGCAUUUUGACCUUAGCACUGAAAUACAUGGAUGCCUUGUUUGCAUGCUUAAGGGAUUAAUUUUGCCAUGCACAGAAGUAAGUAUUAAGCUCUCCCUGACUUCAGAAGGAGAUGUUGCACCAAGCCCUAGAAGACUCCAAAUUUUUAAUGCUAUUGUGCAGCUCCUAGUAACCAGCAACCUGUGUAGUUCUGACAGCUAAAAAAGACUUUAAUACUAGUGGCCCCUUGGAAAAUGAAGGUAGUUACUAUUGCCUCUGCCAGAGUGUUUUCCUGCACGUCUCUCUAAUUUGCUUUUCAUGAAGUCUUCUGGCCUUGGAGCACUGAAGUGUCCCCAUAAAUGUAGCAGUGGCCACAGUCAUGUAGCAUUGAUAAUUAACUGUCCUAGAGAAGAAAUUACUCAACAUUCUUGUUAGUAUUAAUGGCUGCUUUUCAAAUGUUAAUUUAAGUGCUCUAAACAGGGUGUUAGUGGUUGCUUAUGGCUAAUGUGAAGCUGCACAUUAUUCAGGGUGCUCCCUCCAUACACACAGGGUUAAAGACAACUCUAGUAAGGUCAACAACACUACCAAAAAUCAUCUUAAGCUUAAGAGGUUAAAGUACUGUGAGCACACCACACUGCCCUGCACAUCCUGCUCAUGUAAAGUAAGCACAGAUCUCAGAUAAGGAGGCAGUAGGUUUUGCUAGAGAUCCUUCACAAAUCUCAUACAUCAGCUACAACAAAAGGCACUCUUUCAAUUGCAGGUGAAUUGAUUUGAUUCUUGUUUGUUGUCAUUGUGAGAUAAGGUGCAGAGAGCGACAGACAUAACAGCUGUAGCUGAAAGGGAGAGAAAUCUGUAAAGCUUGGUGCCCAAAAUCCAUAAGCAUUUGUACAUUAAUCAUGUUGUUUAGGAAUGGUAUUCCCCAAUUUAGUGUUCCGUUUUCUCUCACUCCUCCCUCCCUGUGGUGGGCUGGAGAGGAGAAUUUGGUGGCACGGUAGGUAAAGAUCAUGGGUUCAGAUAAGAACAAUUUACUGGAAGCAGCAAUGGAAUAAGAAAAUGAGCAGUAACACCUGCAAUAGUAGAGAGAACAGGCACUACAUGACCACACCCUUACUGGAAGGGACCCCUUCCCUGGUCCCCAUAAUAAGCCCCCAUGCUGUUAGCCAUACUCUCUGGCCAGAACCAGGACAAUCUGCAUGCAUUGUUACAGUUUUGACUCCUGUCAUUCCCAGGAGUGUAGCCAGCACUGCCAUACUGACAGUCCCACCCAAUCCUGCACAUACAAGAGAUUGCGUUCAUCUGUGGAACUGCUGUGCCCAUAGCACAAAAGUUUCCUUAGCUCAGCUUGGAAACAAAGUGCCAGGAAAAGGAAGCACACAUGUAACCUGCUAAGUCUACUGACUGAUACAAGCACUUACCUCCCAUCACCACACACAACACACACUGCCCUCCUGCCCUGCCCCAGGCUCUAGCUAAUUUUGAAAAUGAAAAAGAAACUCGAUGUACUCAGCAGCAAUAAAACAAUGCUUUGGGCAUAUGAUUCAAGUUUGCUGUCAUGCUGUAAAGCUCACACAAAGAGGACUCAGGGCCGUAUGGAGCACACGCGUAUCCACCACGCACAUCUCGCUACUUACGCACAUUUCACUACUUCCUUGGUUUGAGAGUGGCUGAAGUGCAGGGCAAACUGACUUUGGUGCCAUUUUAUGCUCAUGUUACAUUAUCAAGUCUUUAAACUAUGCACAUUUACAGGUAAUGAACCAAACAUGAAUCAACAUUUUGUGAGAGAAAUGGGUUGAGAGCACUCUCUGUUUCUGUGGUGCUGGGUGGGCCAUGGUGUAAUAUACCUUGAUGAUGUUGAUGACUACUUUUUGGAGGCUUGCUUUUUUUGUCCACUAUAUUUUUAAUAAAUACUAGUUGCAAUGGA